AUGAGCGCUGAAGGAGACGUCAUCGGGCCUGAUGGACAGCCGGUUUCAAAGAAGGCAUUGAAAAAGCAACAGAAGGAUGCUGAGAAAGCCGCAAAGAAAGCUCAGCACAAGAAACCAAAUGUGCAGGAGGUGCAGGAGGCCGACAGUGCCGACCAAUCAAAUGGUCGUUAUGGUAACCUACCUCUCAACCAGUCACAAGACAGGCCACAGCGCCGUUUGUACAAAGUAUGUGAGCUGGAGCCGUCUCUUGCCGGGCAGUCUGUGUGGGUCAGGGGAAGAUUUCAUACGUGUCGUAGUAAAGGCAAACAGUGCUUCUUCGUGAUCAGGCAGCAGAAGUGGACAGUACAGGUUGUUGUCAUACAGAGUGAGAAUAUCAGCAAACAGAUGCUCAAAUUCAUUUCCAGCAUCUCAGCUGAGUCCAUCAUUGAUGUUGAGGGUGUGCUGCAGACUGUGGGUCAGAAAAUCCAGUCGUGUUCACAGCAAGAUGUAGAGCUGCAUAUUCAGCAGAUCUGGGUUGUCAGUGCUGCAGAACCAAGACUGCCACUGCUGAUAGAAGAUGCAAGUCGGCCGGAAACUGAAGAUGGACUUGCCACUGUGAACCAGGAUACGCGUCUGGACAACAGAGUUCUGGAUCUCAGGACCGUGACAAACCAGUCUAUAUUUAGACUGGAAGCUGGGGUUUGCCGAUUAUUUAGAGACUAUCUGACCGAAAAGGGAUUUGUGGAAAUUCACACACCAAAAAUUAUACCAGCUGCCUCCGAGGGUGGAGCCAAUGUGUUUGAGGUGACUUACUUCAAGACGAAGGCCUACUUGGCACAGUCUCCCCAGCUGUACAAGCAGAUGUCUGUGUGUGCCGAGUUUGACAGGGUCUAUACAAUAGGCUCAG